UACAAAAUCAUCGAAGGGAUUACGUUCUCGGCCAAUGAAAAGUCUCCACGUUAAAGCGUUGUCCGCGUGGUUGAUCUGAGUGUAUACUCGAUCAUUUGGUAGAGAUAUAUUCACAAAUUCCCCAAGUGUUCAGUCAAAUAUGAAGUUGUUGCGCAGCCUAUUGUUGGUGACAUUGCUGGGGUUGUUGUUAAUACAACUUGUCCACUGCGAGGAAGCUGUUGAGGACGAAGAUGAAGAAGAUGAUGAUGGAACUGUAGAAGAAGAAGAUGAUACUACAGAGGAACCAAGGGAAAAGCCUCACUACAAAAAACCAGAACUCAAAGGAAGUCAGUUCUUUGUUGAGCCCUUCGAUAACAAAGCAGACUCUAUGAAGAGAUGGGUUCCUUCUCAGGCCAAGAAGGGAGGAGUAGAGGAAGACCUUGCCAAGUAUGAUGGAAAAUGGUCUUUUGAGGAGCCAAAGGAAAGUCCACUUAUUGGGGAUCUUGGUCUUAUUCUCACUUCACGAGCCAAGCAUCAUGCUAUUUCUGCCCAUCUCAACAAACCAUUUGUGUUUAGGGACAAGCCCCUAAUAGCACAAUACGAGGUGCGGUUUCAAAAUGGCAUGGACUGUGGGGGAGCGUAUGUCAAACUGCUGUCACAGCAACAAAACCUUGAUUUGAAAGCCUUCCAUGACAAGACACCCUAUACUAUCAUGUUUGGGCCAGACAAAUGUGGCCUGGAUCACAAGCUUCACUUCAUCUUCCGACACAAGAACCCCAAGACUGGUGAAGUUGAGGAGAAGCAUGCUAAGAAGCCGUCUGGCAAUCUGGAUAGUUACUUCACAGACAAGAAGACCCACUUGUUCACACUCGUUGUGAAUCCUGACAACAGUUUUGAGUUCCUCAUCGACAACACUGUGGUCAACCAAGGAAGCCUCUUAGAAGAUGUCAGCCCUCCAGUGAACCCCCCUAAAGAAAUUGAGGAUCCCAAUGACAAGAAGCCAGCUGACUGGGAUGAGCGAGAGAAAAUCCCUGACCCUGAUGCAUCCAAGCCAGAUGAUUGGGAUGAGUCGGAGCCUGAAAUGAUCCCUGACCCUGAUGGAGUGAAGCCUGAUGGCUGGUUGGAUGACGAACCCCUCUUGGUGCCCGACCCAGCAGCAGACAAACCCGAAGACUGGGAUGAUGACAUGGACGGCGAGUGGGAGGCACCUCUUGUAGAUAACCCCAAGUGCAAGGAAGCAGCAGGGUGCGGAGACUGGCAUCCUGAGAACAUCAAGAACCCUAACCACAAAGGCAAAUGGUCGGCGCCAAUGAUUGACAACCCCAGCUACAAGGGCAUCUGGAAACCUCAGGUCAUUCCCAACCCAAACUACUUCGAAGACGUGCAGCCGUUUAAGAUGACCCCAAUUAGUGCUGUUGGUCUGGAGUUGUGGUCUAUGAGUGAUGGCAUCGUGUUCGACAACUUCCUCAUCACAGAUGAUCGACUUGUUGCAGAGCAGUAUGCAGAACAAACAUGGGUUUUGAAAAAUAUCGAAGAGAAGGCAUCUUCCUCUUCCGGGGGAUUUUGGACCACACUGAAGUCUGCGGCUGAUGACCGCCCCUGGCUGUGGGCCGUGUACGUGGUGGUCCUCCUGAUGCCUAUCGUGCUGCUGUCUAUAUGCUUGUGCCCUAAGUCAGGGCCGGUCAAGCCUGAAGAUAUCGAUGCCCAGAGAAAGAAAACCGACGAGCCGUCACCUGAUGAUGAGGAGGAGAAAGAAGAUACAACAGAGUCCUCUGGUGACAAGAAGUCAGUCGGCCCAGGGGGAGAUAACAAAGGGAAAACAUCAAAGUCAGAUUUAAAUGCAGCAGCAGAUGAAGAAGAUGAUGGUGAUGAUGAUGAUGAUGAAGAUGCAGAUGAAGAAGGAGAAAGUGAUGAAGUGAAAGAAGAAAACAAAUCUAGCUCACCUAAGAAAUCCCCAAGGAGGAGAAAGGCCCGCAAAGAAUAAAUCCAAGUCAUGUAACUAUUUUAUGCAUUUUACUGUGUACAAGGACUGAGUGAUGCCAAAAGCUUGAAUGUGACGAUGCCUGGGAUCUCUUUGUUCACAAGUCGAACUGGUGGAGGCACUGAUGGGAACAUCUGGCCUUGACCUUUGUCCUGACCUUCCUGUGGGUCAUGUUAGGAAGAUUACUCCAGUAUGGACAGACUGGAGAUGAAAUGCCACUUCGAACACCACCUACAGUAACAUGUAUUAAUCCUAUUUGUCAAUUCUUGGAAUAUUAUGUUACCCGUCAGAAAGUUUAAGAUAAUUUAAAUAUUUUUUAGUCUUAUUCAAUUUUUAUUAACCAAGAAGAAUGAAGAAUUCCUGAACUGUCAGUGCAUCUAACAGGUUCAGAGUUGUCAUGUUGUCUCCUUGGCUGAGGUAUCGGGAACAAGUGUCAAGUGAGAGCUGUGCAUCUGUUUCGCAUCUGCUGCAAUCUGGCUGCUUACAGCUGAACACGUCAGCAAUCCAAAGCUGCUUGUUAUUUACAGUGUUACUGUGUGAAGCAUGGGACAGUAACAAAGUAUGAUAGUUCCAACUUUUAUCCCCUGUGACAUAGUAUAGCUCUGUUUAUGUCACUUACAUUUAAUUCAGUUCGUGUUUGGUUUGGAUUAAAUAAAUACAUGCUGUGAGGUUCUAAUAGAAGAUUACUAUUUGAUACAUUUUUUAAAAUCAAACUAAAAAUACAGGGUAAUAUUUGUAUUUUCAAGUCAAUAAAACUUAAGUAUUGACACCAAAGAUAGGGAUGUUAGCUAUUGUAUCUGAAUCACAAGUUUAUGAAAUUCCUUCAAAGACCUUCUAAGACACCAGUUGUGUGAAUAUUGGGGAGUCCUUGUGGGCAUUCUGUGACCUGAACUUAGUUUGUCCCCCCAGGAGAUGGAUGUCCUCGUGUCAGAGAAUCCAUCACCAUGGGCCCUCAAGAGUUGAGCUAUUUCAGUGGCAUUUAGAAGCUGUAGUAUCAAGGACAGGAUUUACCUUUGGAUCGUAACUUCUUGUUUCUUUCAAUACAAGGUUGAGUACGAACACUGUACUUCUAUCAAGCAAGUGUAAUACUUGCUGAGAGGAGGUGCUAGGAUCUGUACUGACACACUGCAUAGGAGGGAAAACAAGUUGGAAUCCAAAAGGUGAUCCUGGUUGGGGCCAUGAAUCGUCUAUUGUGUCCCGUUUCAUUGCUACUCUGUUUAUUUGUUGCCCUUCUGUAAGUGGAGUUUGGACAAUAUCCUGUAUAUAUAUUAACCCAGUGUGAUAUUGGUGUGGACAAGAUAAUAUAGGGGGAGAUUUGUAAUAUGACUGCAUGUGUGUUAAGAUGGACUCACUGUGGACAUCCCUCAAGGUCGUAUUGAAGUUCAGACAACAUGUUUAACAAUGCAUUAAACUUAAGUAAAAACUCAAGUAAGAGCUGCCAUAACGGGCUUAAUCUAGGUGCAUUGCCUGAUAUUUACGCCAUGAUAGUAUCUCCAUACUUUUACACUGACUAAUGACGGUCUUUCAGUGAUAGAAACUAACAGUUUUAGUCCACUGGUCCUUAUAACAUAUAGCAGAACCCUUAAAAUGGCAAAUUUCUACGAGUCCUUAUGAUGUCUUAACUAAUGGGCAGUUUGGCAGGGACUAUAGGACUAGUGCCAAUUUCUAUCGCUGUCUUUGCACUAAGAUUCCUUUAGAACAGGACUCUGGUAACUUGCCUCAUAAAACUGAAAUUUUCAAUCUAGCAAUAAUUUGUUACCCAACAUUGAAAGAUUCCUUCAAGACACCAAUGACAGUGUGUAGAUCUUGAAACGGGUAGUGCCUAGCUGAACAUAUAAAUGUUGUCAUAUUGUCACAGAGAUUAUGCCAUCCAAGAAAACUGGCUCCUCAUAAGAUGAUGUUUCAACUUGUUGCUUCUAGAAGCGAUGUCUGAUGACAUGCACCAGGUAGUAGUUCAAUUGUAGAUAGAUCAUACUAAAGUCAUUCCUUGCACACACAUGUGUACUGAUAAUACUGCAGUAUUAUGACUGUAUUGCGGGCUUGCCUGCCACCAAAUUCGACAUCAUUGUACACAAGCCUUCAUGUUCUAUUCUACCUGAGUUACCUGUAAAUGCCCUCGUUAACCACAAAGCUUGGAUUCCACAGGUGUGUCAUCCGGUGGUCAUGUGAUGAAUCCAGUAGGGGUGAAACGAUACAUCGGUGCAUCGUGAAUUUUCAUGUGACGAUACUUUACACAAUACGUUGGUUUUUUUCUGUAUCGAUACAAGAUGAAAACACUUGCUGAAAUAAAUGACUCACUAUUUGUACCCCUGGCGUUUUUGUCAGUCAUAUAUGGCAGGAUGUGUUGUAAUAAGCGUUUAAGUUCACUACUGAAAAAAAGCCGCUACGAACAUGUCUACUGCUCGGUUUUCCUUUUGAAACUG